ACACUGUAGUUUUUUUGAUAACGAAAGAUAUUAUGUCGAAUAUGACCACAACGUCAACGUAUCUGCUGAACUUAACUACUCAUGGAGGGCCAAUAUGCACGAAGACACCAAAGACGAUGUACCUGGUCAUGUUGCCAGCUAUCUUUGUCGUUCUGAUGUUCAAUGUCGCCGUCUUAGCUGUGGCAACCAUGAACCGAGUGAAACUAAAGAGUCAAAACUACACCUACAGUUGCGUGUCCAGCACACUGCUCAGCAACGUGUUAGUCAUGGUGGCGCAUUGCUCUCUUGUUUUGAGGAACUACGUCAUAUCUCUUGGACCUUCCGAUGACGGAGAGCUUUCACACUCGGCCAAGUUGGUGUGGGUAUUCGUGAACACUCUGGUUGGGUCGUUAGUGUUGGUGGUACUGGCCAAUAUUGGUGCGCUGGUUAUUGUGACAUUAGACAGCACGCAGUUUAUUGGACCGAAUCUACGAAACUCGAUGAAACCACUGGAUACAAAUGCACUAAAAAAGAAAAGACGAGGAAAAAUACUGAGAGCUUGGUUUUUAAUCUCUGGAUCAUGGGUUAUCCCCGUUGCCGUGGUGGUUGCUUCGAUGGCCGGGUGGAAUUGCGCCGAUAUCUGUAUUUGCACCGGGGGAAGCUUCUUGGGCGAAACUUGCCCAAGAACCCAGGGUUGCUCACGAGUAUUUCCCCCCUUAAAGUUUGCAGUAAUUGGAAUCAUUGGAUUGGUGUGGGUGUUGGAGGCGGGCAUUCUACUUUACAUCAUCAACCACGCCGUGCAAAAGAUGAAAAGAGUAAUGACGAUCAGGCGUCCUCCAAACAGCUCCUCGGAUCCAGGAGACGAGUUGGAUCACAACAAUGCCCAAGGAGCAACAUCCGACAGCGCAACAAAUCCUAUAGAUCUUCCUGGAGCGGAUGAGAGACUUAAUGUGCCUUCAGUGAAGGAAGGUUUAAGGAGAGCGAGCAGUACAAGCUCUCGUAUCUCGGCAGCAGGAGUCCGGAAGGGAUGGAAGAGGAUCCAACUCCGGUUCAACACUCGCCUCCGCUUCCUGAUCUCACUCACAGUCCUCUUCCUCGUCUCCACCAUCACAGUUCCUGUAACCGUCAUCUUGGAUGGAAGUUUGGAAAAGAUAAACAACCGUUUAUUGGUACAGACACCUGCCAUUGUAGGAAUUUAUCUCUACUUUGUUGGUUGUCCGCUUCUCUUUAUAAAGUUUGUUCCUCAUAUGAAGACAACGCUCCACAACGCUUUCUGUAAAGUACCCUUCUCGCGUUUAUGUAGGCGUUGUUAAAACACCAAUAACUGAUGCGUUGUGUUCUAUCUGAAUCGAAAUAAGCUACCAUUACAAUACAUUGGAUGUGUUUUAAAAGUAUCAUUUUUAUUGUUUUAAAAUAAUAUUUCAGACGCAUUUUUGACAGCGUUAGCUUCUGCCUUUAAACACCUUUCUUUCUUGUAGAAUGUAGAAAUACGACCACAUGUUGAAAAUUAUCGUUUUACAUAAAAAGUAAAAAUAUUAAAAUGUGGAAAUUUUAUUAGAAACACAAUUGAGAAGUCGCAUACACAUAUACCGUGUGAUUAUACUGGGCACGCUGCACCGUUCACCGCUGGUCUAAAAUCUCACAUCUUAAGGUUUUAUAACCAAUCCUAUAUAAGUUUCAAAGCUAGCCACUGCAUAAAAGUUUCAUUUUUUUGAAAGUUUCAUUUAUUUUCCUGUUCAAAAAAUGUAUAGUCAGUUUUAUUGUUAUCGUGAUUCCAGGAAAAAAAUAAACAAAAACAUUGAUAUUU